AUGGAGGACGACGGGCGCUACAGAGACAGCCGCUCGGACUUCCUCCGCGGCGCCAAGGACAUCGCCAAAGUGGCCAAGAAGCAGGUCGGCAAGAAGGUGGGCCGCGGCGUGGACAAAAUGGGCGACGAGUACACCAAGCGCUCCUAUAAGCGCUUCGAGGAGGAAGACGAUGACGACUACGCCGGCGUGGCGGGCAACGAUGACGGACAUUACCGCAACGACAGCCGGGCCAACGACGAGGAAGGCCACAGUGACUCCACUGAAGGACACGACGAGGAUGACGAGAUCUACGAGGGCGAGUACCAGGGCAUCCCGAGGGCCGAGUCGGGCAAGGCCGGCGGCUUGGACGGGCCGACGGUCGCCCAGGAGCAGCAGUUCAGGGAUCGGGCGGCCUACGAGAGCGAGCGGAGGAAAGACCAGGAGGAGCUGGCGGAGCAGUACGAGACCAUCCUGCAGGAGUGCGGCCACGGGAGGUUCCAGUGGACGCUCUACUUCGUCCUGGGGCUGGCUCUGAUGGCAGAUGGCGUGGAGAUCUUCGUGGUCGGCUUCGUGCUGCCCAGUGCUCAGGUAGACAUGUGUCUAUCUGAGCCGAACAAGGGCAUGCUGGGUCUGAUUGUUUACCUGGGGAUGAUGGUCGGGGCUUUCGUGUGGGGAGGCCUCGCCGACCGGAUCGGCCGACGGCAGACGCUCCUCAUCUCCCUCUCCAUCAACAGCGUGUUUGCCUUCUUCUCGUCCUUCGUCCAGGGCUACACCUCCUUCCUCUUCUGCCGUCUGCUCUCCGGUGUGGGCAUCGGAGGCUCCAUCCCCAUCGUGUUUUCCUACUACUCUGAGUUCCUGGCCCAGGAGAAGAGAGGAGAGCACCUGAGCUGGCUCUGCAUGUUCUGGAUGAUCGGCGGCAUCUACGCCUCCGCCAUGGCCUGGGCCAUCAUCCCCCACUACGGCUGGAGCUUCCAGAUGGGCUCGGCCUACCAGUUCCACAGCUGGCGUGUCUUUGUGCUGGUGUGUGCCUUCCCCUCUGUGACGGCCAUCUGUGCCCUCACCACCAUGCCGGAGAGCCCCCGCUUCUUCCUGGAGAACGGGAAACACGAUGAGGCGUGGAUGAUCCUGAAGCAGGUGCACGACACCAACAUGAGGGCCAAAGGCUACCCGGAGAGGGUCUUCUCUGUGACCACCAUCAAAACUGUGAAGCAGAUGGAUGAGCUGGUGGAACUGGGCGACAGUGCUGCCUGGCACCAGAAGUGGAGGAUGAAGCUCACCUCACUUUUCCAUCAGGUGUGGAGUAAUUUCCUGACUAUUUUCUCCCCGGAGUAUCGCCGCACCACCUUCAUGAUGAUGGCCGUGUGGUUCUCCAUGUCCUUCAGCUACUACGGUCUGACAGUGUGGUUCCCCGACAUGAUCAAGUACCUGCAGAAGCAGGAGUACGGGUCCCGCACCAAGGUUUUCGCCAAGGAGAAAGUGGAACACGUGACCUUUAACUUCACCCUGGAGAACCAGAUCCACCGCCAGGGAGAGUACUUCAAUGACAAGUUCAUGAACCUGAAAAUGAGGUCCAUGGUGUUUGAGGACUCGCUGUUUGAGGAGUGUUACUUUGAGGACAUCACCUCCAGCAACACCUUCUUCAAGAACUGCACCUUCAUUGCCACCCUCUUCUACAACACAGAUCUCUUCAAGUACCGGUUGGUCAACUGCAAACUCCUCAACAGCACGUUCCUGCACAACAAGGAGGGCUGCCUGCUCAGCGACGUCAGCGACGACAACAACGCCUACAUGGUUUACUUCGUCAGCUUCCUGGGCACCUUGGCCGUGCUGCCAGGGAACAUUGUCUCCGCGCUGCUCAUGGACAAGAUUGGACGACUGAGGAUGUUAGCGGGCUCCAGCGUGAUAUCUUGCAUCAGCUGUUUCUUCCUGUCCUUUGGCAACAGCGAGUCGGCCAUGAUUGCUCUGCUCUGCCUGUUCGGGGGAAUCAGCAUCGCCUCCUGGAACGCCCUGGACGUGCUGACUGUGGAGCUCUACCCCUCUGACAAGAGAUGCACAGCGUUCGGCUUCCUCAACGCCCUCUGUAAAUUAGCCGCCGUGCUGGGCAUCAGCAUCUUCACGUCGUUCGUGGGUAUCACCAAGGCGGUGCCCAUCCUCUUUGCCUCAGGGGCGCUGGCGGCCGGCAGCUUCCUGGCCCUCAAACUACCGGAGACGCGGGGCCAGGUGCUGCAAUAG